AUGCCACUCGAGGAAAUACAUGAAUUGGCAUUUUCACUUGAGCUUUCGAGAUCACCUUUCCUCUGGAUUCUGAGGAAGCCACAAGGUGUGGAUAGCUCAGAUUUACUGCCUCCUGGUUUUGCCAGCCGUACUCAGAGCCAGGGUCUCGUUGUUCUCGGUUGGGCGCCUCAACAAAAAAUACUCGCCCAUCCAGCAAUCGGAGGAUGUUUUUUCCACUCAGGCUGGGGAACAUGUAUUGAAUCUCUUGCUCAUGGUCACCCACUAAUUCUUCUCCCCUUUAUAUCAGACCAAGGACUCACUGCUAAGCUGAUAGUGGAAAACCAAGCUGGAUAUGAAGUUCCCAGAAACAAAGAUAGUUCUUUUAGCCGGGACGUCGUUGCUGAAUCCAUAAGACGAGUUCUUGUAGAAGACGAAGGUGAGCAGUUGAGGCUGAAGGCUGCAGAGCUGCAAAGUGUCUUUGGCAAUCAUGAGAGUCAAGAUAAUUAUAUAAACAAAAUCAUCGACCAUCUGAAAGACAACAUGAUAAAGAAGCAAGUGUAA